AUGACCAAUGAUAUGGCAGAUGACCAGACAAAAGAACCAGGCGUUAUUGAUGAUGGUUGGCCAGGUUACAAUUUAGACUUGUUCAAUUAUCCUGAGCAUUACCAUGGUGACCUGGAGUGUGUGUACAUCCCUCAUGGAGUCAUUAUGAACAGGAUUGAGUGUCUGGCUAGAGACAUCCUGGAAGACCUUGGACAUCAGGACAUGAUACUUCUGUGUGUCCUGAAGGGUGGAUUCAAGUUCUGUUCUGAUCUGGUGGAGUCCAUCAAAGCUCAGAGCUGCAGCGCCAACAAAAUACUGACCACCAGAGUCGAGUUUAUCCGCUCCAAGAGCUAUCUGAAUGACCAGUCCACUGAAGACCUGCAUAUUAUUGGACCAGAGGAUUUAUCCAUGCUGAAAGGAAAGAAUGUCUUGAUUGUGGAGGCAAUAGUGGACACUGGAAAGACCAUGAGAGCACUUCUUCAGCAUGUGGAUUCUUUCCAGCCCAAAUUGGUUAAAGUUGCCGGGCUGCUGGUGAAGAGGCUUCCUCACGGGGCGGCAACACUCCCAGACUAUGUUGGAUUUGUCAUUCCCAAUCGUUUUGUGGUGGGUUACGCUCUUGCCUACAAUGAGUACUUCAGAGAACUCAAUCACAUCUGCAUCAUCAGUGAGACAGGCAAACUGAAAUAUAAAGUGUAAGAAAACUCCUUUCAAGAGGAAUGGACAGUUAUAUGACCGUAACAUAUGUACACCCCAUUCUGACACAAUGUUACUGACAUCAGAUUCUGCAACUGACAUGCUGAAUUAUGUUUGAAAUAUUAUGUAUUGAGUUUUGUAUGUAUUGGGUAAAGAUGGAGAGCAAUACUAACAUGUCAUAUGAUGCAAAAAAACAAACUUCUGUGUUCCAUUUUAUACUGUAUGUCCUAUCCAACUAAGAGCAGAAAAUCAUUUGUUUUUGUGACUUUCCCCGAGGCCAUACAUGUCACAGUUUUAAGUCUCAGUGCAUCUUAAGCUGUGCCCUCACUACAGGACCAAAAUUGCUGUACUGCUUACACAACUGUCUUUCUUGUCAUCAGUCAUGUUAUCAUAUAAAAGUGCACA